GGGAUGCUAAAUCCUUUUGACAACCUCCUCGAUGGUGCAUCCUGGGUUCGGCUGAUGUCAAAGGUAAUUUCCGCACAAAAGAUGAUUUGUUUCCAAAAUCACAUGUUCGAACGUAAAAUUUCCCGCUCUUUCCAUUUCUGGUACCAAAAGUAGGGGUUUCUAUUUGAAAAAAUCGACUUGACCUUCAAAUGACCUUGAAGGUCAUUCUCAAUGACAUUGUCAAGGUCAUUAUCAGAUAGCCAGGGAAAAAUCCUAAAACUUUUACCCGAAACUUUUUUCGCUGGCAUGCUUUGCCAACGAGAUAAUUGAGAUUAAAGAUUAAAAUGACUCAUCCUGCAUAUAUAUAUAUAUAUAUAUAUAUAUAUAUAUAUAUAUAUACAGUCACACACACACACACACACACACACUACUAUCGUUACUUCGACUACAGCAGACAGCCCUGUAGCCUGCAGUAUCGUUCACUUUCAAAUAAGAAAGAAAAAAAUAAAUAAAUGGCGGCUUGUGUAUGUUUAUGUUUACCACACUAUAUUUUUGAAAGCUUAACCUAACACACUUUGAGGUAAGAGAAGCAAAAAUACAAUAAUCUUUCUUCCUUAUGCUGAUGCCUACCAUAAUUUUGAUUGUUUUGACUUCAGGAACAGUUCAUUUAAAGAGGCUUAAACAAAUAUAUGGAUAACGAUAAUGGAAACAUCAGAAGGCCGAGAGGUCCUUUUAAAGCAUAUGAAAAAAAUCCUUUAUUAAAAAUUCCUUAUUCAACUUUACGUAGUCGACAUAAAACUGAAAAUGAAAAAAGUGUACAAGAAAGUCCAGAAGAGGUUGACUCGUCUGACAAUGAAAACGAACAAAAUCGCUUUGUGGAUAGUGAAGAUGCGAUAUCUGACGUAUAUGAUGAGAGCGAAUAUAAAAUACAUGCAAAUAGCAAGAUAUGUCGAACCAGGGCUAUUGGUACAGUAUGCAAUCCGCCAAUUGUUGUUGAAGACAUUGCAAUGGAAACUAAUGAUGAUGGUAAUAUAGAUAAUGUACAAUAUAGUUCAGAAUCUGACGAUGAAACAGAUACUGCAUCCGAUGUAUCCGAUGAGGAAUGCCUGAGUAGUGAUAAAGAAAGUGAAUGCCUGAGUAGUGAUGAAGAAAAUGAAGAUAUAUAUAAUGAGAGUAUUCUUAGCGAAACCGAAGAGGACAAUAAUUAUGGAGAAUCUGAAGAGACACAGUUUUCCGAUAAUCAGGAACGCAAUGUCUUGUACGAAAAUUGUAGGAUUACGAAGAAUGAAAGUGAACUGAUCAAUUUGUCAUUUGCAAUAAGGCACAGUUUGCCGGAUAUCGGCUUCGAAAAUCUGAUCAGUACAAUCGAUUGCCACCUACCACAUGAUGAAUUCAAGUCAAUAUAUCUUUUUAUGAAGUCUUUCCCACAACUGGACUCUACAGAAUCUUAUUAUUGUGAUGAUUGCAACGAAAUAUUGACCCUUAAUAAGGAAGGAAAUGGUACUUGCCGUUUCUGCUUAGUAAAGUAUACUAAAAAAAUGUUAAAAAGAAAAGGUCAGUUUUUCAUUAGUAUUUCUUUGCGAAAACAAUUAGAAGAUCUAGUUCAUAGCGAAUUAUACGAGAAAUUCAGGAACACAUGUCAGGAGACUGAUGUCAUCAAUGCAAAAUUAUAUAAGCGACUGAAAAAGCGAAACAUUAUUGGUGCAAAUGAUAUAACAUUACAAUGGAACGUUGAUGGUGUUAACCUAUCGAAGUCAUCAAAAGCUUCUCUGUGGCCAAUUUUAGUAACCGUAAACGAGUUGCCAUAUCGAAUCCGCAAAAAUAAUGUUUUGCUAUGUGGAUUAUGGUAUGGUGAGAAUAAACCUAAUAUGAAUAUGUAUUUGCAACCAUUCAUAAAUGAAUUAGAAAUGCUAAAGACCGAGGGCAUUAAGCGUUGCGUAGAAGUACACGAUCAAAUUGUUAUAAAAGUUUACACUAUUUUAUGUACAGCUGAUUCUGUAGCUAGACCAAUGGUUCAAAACAUGAAACAAUAUAAUGGUAAAUAUGGUUGCUGUUAUUGUUUAGAGAAAGGCGAAAGAAUACUAAUGGGAAUGGGAUUUGCACGAGUUUAUGCCUACAAAACUGAGGCAGAAAUGGACAUACGUUCAUCUAAUGAAUAUGACAGAAAUCCCGUAUAUCAAAUUUUGAUGUCAUUCAUUCAGUGCCACCCGAUUACAUGCAUACUUGUCUUCUUGGAGUUGCAAAGCUUUUUGUGACUGCACGGUUCGAUUCCACCAAUAAAAAUAAACAUUAUUACAUAGGAAGAAAAAUGGAUCAAUUUAAUGAAAAAUUAUUGUUAUUAAAACCUCCAUCAGAAAUCACGAGAACACGAAGGAAAAUAACUGAUAAGUAUAAGGCUAAUGAAUGGAAAAACUUUGUCCUUUACUAUUCUAUUCCUUGUUUACAAGGUAUAAUGAACCAGCGAUAUAUCAAACAUUGGCAUUUAUUUGUUUUUGGAUUGAGUUUGAUUCUUAAAGAAAAAUUUCUAAGGAUGAUUUGUUAUUAGCUAAAAAUGCAUUCCACCAAUUCGUAAAAGACGUACGUGACUUAUAUGGAAUAGAAUUUAUGAAAUAUAAUAUGCAUUUGUUGCUACACAUACCAAAGUACGUUUCUCUUUUCGGCGCUCUGUGGGCGUGGUCCACUUUUCCCUUCGAAGGUUUUAACGGGGUAAUAAGGCACUUAUUUUUCGGCACUCAGUAUAUACCUCAACAAAUUGCAAAAUGUUUUACUAGACUAAGAUACAGAAGAAAUACAUCUCACGUUUUUGCCAAUAAUGAUACAAAUCCGAAAGUAUUGAACUUAUUUUUAAAAUUAAUGAAUCAGUCAAGAGUACAAAGCUGUAUAGAAUAUGGAGAUGAUUUGCGUAUCUUUGGAAAGCCAAAAAUGAUAAACUUAACACUUAAUGAACAAAUCUUAAUUGAGCAAGCAAUUCAUGAUCCAGUUUUACAAAAGUGUAAAACUUAUGACAGAUUUAUAUACAAACAUGUACUCGUCAAACUAUAAAAGGAUCAUGAAGAGAAACAAAAGCACAAUUUUGACUACUGAUAAAGAAUUGUUGACCAUUUCACGAUUGCUUUUAGUAACUUCUUCUAAUUCACAUAUAGAAAAAUAUGUUAUAAUAUGUGAAAAAUUCACAAUACUAAACGAGAUAUUAUGUAAUAAUAGAAAUUAUAGUUCUCGUAAGUAUUCUUUUAUUGCGCAAAAAACGAAUCUGGUCUGCCAUGAAAUUAGUUCUAUAGAGUCAAAAUGUAACGACAUUCCAUAUCAAUUAGAUACACACUGUAUCUUUCCUAUAGUUAAUACAUUUGAAACAGACUGAAUAAUAUAAGUGAUGAAUAAAUAUUUAAUUUUUUAAA